CCAGCAUCCAUCCAUCAAGUGCAAGGGAGCUCUCAAACCUAUCCUCCAUUGUUGAAGAGAACUCUACAAGGAAUAAUCUCAAGAAAAGGAGCUAAAGUGCUAAAAGUGAGGAAAAACUAGGAACUUGAUUAAAGUAUUUUUGAGCUUCGCCGGAGUUUCGCCGGAGUUGGUCAAAGUUCGCCGGAGUUGGUCAAAGUUCGCCGGAAUUAGUCAAGGUUCAACCGGGGAGCAUAGAACACGCUUAAGCUCACUUAAGUUUCAGGUAGAACUUGAAGGUUGCUACCAACGACGUUGCUCUCGGGAGGAUCCAAGGAAGGGGAGGCGCGAAAUGGAGCCAAUUGGAAGAAUCACUAGGAGGAACCCGACGGGCCGUGUACCGGGUGGGUCCGAACUCGGCAGCCGGGGGUCGACUAGGGUGUCAAGGGGAAGGGGCCGUGGAGGCCAACAACAAACCGUGAGCGAUGGCCACGUGGACACCGAAAGUGAGACUUAUUGGUCCUAUGAGGACUCAACCUAUAGGCCGGAAACAGAGCCGGUGGAGACCCCAUAUGAGGGGGAGGAUGACGAUGUAAGUGGAGAGAGUGGGGACGAUGGCACUCUUGGGAGAAUCGAGGCGCUGCUCCAACAAUACCACCGGGAGCGCGAAGAGAGGAGACAACGCCGAAGGCGCUGAGCGGGGCAACCUUCGGGCAUGGCUUCGAGAGGAGGAAGCCAAGGUGCUUCUAGAGUCCAUGUUGAACCACAUGGAGGCCAAAAUGCGAGAGGUCCAACCAUAAGGAUCUCCAAAUUUAUCAAAGAAGCAAGAGAUUUGGGAUGUAAACCGUUUGAUGGAACGAGAGACGGCACGCCGUGCGUGGCACUGUGCCUGGGAGGCAGUGGCGAGCAGGGGGACUCCUAUGCACGCACGGCCGUGCGUGCCACCCAGGCACGCCGUGCGUGGACCCCCGGCAACCGAGAACUCAUUUUUUUCGCUCCGUUCUUUUACGUUUGGACCCCUGUUUGAUUCCAAACAUUAGUAUGAACCUAAUAACCUCCUAAUGAUGUGUAAAAACAUUAGAAAAGGUAUCUUACAUGGUGUAUAAAUGUAGGAACAUUAAAGAUCAAUGGUAGGUGUGCGAGGAUCCUCAUCGAUACUGGGGCACAACGCUCAUUCGUGAGUGAGGCGUUCGCCGAGGGCCUUGACGUGCCAUUGGCGC